GUUUUAUUGUCUGACGUCACCGGCUUUGUUGACAACUCUUCCGCGCGAAAAUUAUCACGAAAUUUUCGAGAAAAUUGCGAAUUAUGGCCUCAGAAGGCACCAGCACGUCGUCGGAUAAAGAAAGAAUGGAGGCUUGCGAGUCUGCUGUGAACAUCCUUGCUCAAGGCAAGAGGAAUAUGGUGUGUGGAGAGAUACCAACAGCAGUAAACCAGUUCCAGGAGGCUUGUCGCAUUCUAUCAAAAGCCUAUGGUGAAACUGCAAAAGAAUGUGCAGAUGCAUACUUCUGUUAUGGACAAGCUUUGUUAGAUUUGGCUCGAAUGGAGAACGGAGUGCUGGGAAACGCCCUGCAAGGAGUGCCUGAAACAGAUGAUGAGUCAACUGAACAGAAAGAUGAACAGUUUGAGAAGGCGGAGAUUGAUGCCCCUGAAAGAGAGAAGCUCAGAAAGGAAGUUUAUGAUGCCAUGGGCGAAAAGGAAGCAGAAAAGAAAGAACGAGAAGUGAAGGAAGCAGAAAAGAGGCAGGAGUCUGGAGAAACAAUGGAGGUUGCCAUGGAUACAGAGUCACAAGACAAAGAAAAGUCCAAGGAUGAAGAAAAAGCUGAAAAGGUUGAAGAUAAGACUAAAGAUAAAACAGAACCCGAGGAAAAAGAUAAAAGUGAGAAAGAUGAAGGCAAAAAGAAAGAAAAACCUGAUGAAAAGAAAUCUGAUAAGAAAGAUGACAUUUCAGAUAAAGCAGAAGAUAAAACUGAGAAUAAAUCUGAAGAGAAGACAGAGGAUAAACCAAAAACAGAAGAGAAAAAAUCUGAAGAUGUUGAAAUGAAAGAGAAAAGUGAUGAAAAGAAAGAGGAGGAAGAAGGUAGUGCAGAGGAAGAGGAGGGGGAGGGAGAAGAUGGUGAGGGUACUGAAGAGGAGGGCGAGGGCACAGAAGAAGAGGGAGACGCUACAGCAGAGGAGGGAGAAGAAACAACGUCACAAGAUGGCUCACAGGAUGGGGAGAAUCCAGAUGAUGUAUCAAACUUACAGCUUGCCUGGGAAAUGUUGGAACUUGCAAAACUUAUAUAUAUCAAAGAUGAAUCAAAAGAAGCCAAACUAAGAGCAGCAGAAUCUCAUCUCAAACUUGGUGAAGUUAGCCUAGAAACAGAGCAAUAUGAAGAAGCAAUUAAAGACCUAAACAAAUGUUUGGAAUUACAGAAAGAAUUAUUGGACCCGGAUAACAGAUUACUAGCAGAAACACAUUAUCAACUUGGUUUAGCUUACUGUUUCAACAAACAGUUUAAAGAAUCAACAGACAGUUACCAGGCAGCUAUUAAAGUUAUAGAAGAAAGAGUGGCAAAUCUUGAUAAAAUCCUAGACAAGGCUACUGAUGAAGAGAAGGAGACAAAAGAUUUUGACAGUCCAAUUUACAAAGCCAAAAAAGAAGUUACAGAACUGAAAGAAAUAUUGCCAGACAUAAAAGCAAAGAUUGAAGAUGUUGAAGAUGAGAAGAAAAACAUGGAGGAUCUCAAAAAUCUAGCAAAGGAAGCAUUGGGAGGAUUGAGUUCCAGCUCCUCUGCUCCAGUCUCGGAGAGUGCGCCAGCAGCUGCUCCAAAAGAUGAUGUCAAAGCUUCUGAUAUUAGCCAUCUUAUCAAAAGAAAGAGGAAAUCUGAAGAGGCAGAAGACGAAAGUGUGAAGAAACCUAAACAAGAGGCAGGGGAUGGCGAUGCCAAAGUAAAUGGAACAUCUGAAAAGGCUGUCAAGAUUAAGAAAACGUUGAGUAAGAAACAAAAAGUGGCUGCUAUACUUCUAUUGAGUGUAUCACCUCCAGAUAAUGAGCUGUUAGAUUUAUCUUUACUUGCCCUUAUGGUACCUCCACCACCAGAUUUUGGUUUGAUAAGUGCCCACACCAGGAGGCAGAGGCAAAACCGGAAGCCAUGGAAACUAAAUCCUGAGAUAAAUCAACAUGAGACAGCUUGGUAAAAGUGGACUUGAUUUACAUUCAUGGGACUUGUGUUCAUGACUCGAAUGUGGUAUGGGACCUCGGUGCUUCUAUUCACAUGAAUAUAUUAAAUCAUGGAAGACAAUUUUUCUGGAGCCAAGAUCAGGAGUUCAUGUAAAAAGUGUAAUAUGUGAAUGUUGGUGUAAUGUUUUCGUUCUGAUGCCAAAUUCAUAUUGUUAAAGAGUGUAAAUAGAAAUGGACUGUAGUACAUGAAAUAUAGUUUGUUUCAGUCUUCUGAAAGUGUUCAUCUUUUUGUAGUAUGAUAAAUAUAUUUGUUCAGCAAA